AUGUCGAAAGAAUGGCCGUCAGUGACAGCUGUUUGCAUGGUGCAGCUGCAUUUGGCUCGCGCACCACUUGCAGAAUCUGACAAGCAGUUUUCAAUUUAUUGUGUGUCAUCUUGUGGUCCUUUGUUGAUGUCCGUGGUGGUGUCUAACCUGGCUGGUGGCAUCCUGGCCGAAAUCAGCCCAGUCCCCGAAGAUCUCCUCGAGCUUCGGUUGAAGAUCGAAGAGAUCACUGGCAUCCCUGGCGCGCUCCAAAAACUGGUGAAGGAUGGCGAGCUACUAACUUCACUUGACCUACCAGCAGAGGGCUUCGAAGUGCUCUGCGUUAAGGAUGAGACACCGAUGUGCUCAUGGGAUUCGGAUGGCAAUCCGGAUUCAGAACAAAUUGAAGUCGAUGGUGCAGUUGUUUGUUCUCCAAACCUGCGUACUGACUUCGUCAAUGUCUUGACCAAAGAGCCCAUGCGGUCGGGGAUGCACUACUACGAGUUCGUUCUGCACAAGGUCGGUGAUGAGCAGUGGUGUGGAGUCACAAUGUCGCCGGAAAUGGCAGGUCAAAGGUAUGGUGGCAGAGAACUGGAAGCUUGGACGUACUAUUGCGGCCGCGCUGGCCGUUCGGGAGGUUCCAUACACAACGGCAAGGGCGCGCUUCAUGCGUGCACAAAGGCUGUCGCAGAGUUCGAGAAGGCUUGCACACCGGGAAACGUGAUUGGUAUGUUGGUGGACGUUGACAAACGCGUGCUUGCCUUUGCCCUUGACGGGCGCGUGCAAGGCGCCUGCAAGCUUCCUGGCGACAAGCCCCUUUAUGUUCUGACUCAUGUGGACACCCCUGCAGAUCACGUUGAGUUGCGGAAGCCAUCUUUGGAAGAAGCGCCCCCUGAAAAUCUGGAAGCCCUCAGUGGUGCUUUGCUGGAUGCAGAGAAGGGCGAGACGCUGCAUUGGUAG